CUAUUUUUGGUUUGUCAUAUCAAAAGGUUGGGAAUUAAUGGGCCUCAACAGAUACUCUAAUUUUGGUUUGGGCUUAAUUUUAUAACAGAAUCCUUUGAUCUCAACUCACUUUUCCGUUUGGAGUCACCGGCCAGAGACAAGCAGGAUGCGGCGGAAGACCUUACGGCGCCAGAAAAUAACCGGAAAGGAGAAGCCCUCCGGCCCCUCCGUGGAACAGAAGCGGCUAGGCGGCGCCGAAAGGUCAGCCUACUUCGCCCGGAGAGAGGCGGCUAAAGUCCUUCGCAGUGUACUUCAAGGAGACUCCCGCCGGAGAGCUGUGGCUUCCAUUAAGUCAUUAGUAUACAGCCCUUCCGUCAGGAACAAAAAAGCCACCUAUGCUCUGGUGUGCGAAACCCUCAAGCACCUUCCACUUAUAAAAGAUGUAUUAAAACAGGCUGAAGUAUUGAAUAGCAAGUGGAAGAGGCAAGAAGAGUUAGUCUAUGUAAUUGUGUACGACAUUCUCUUUGGUCAGGAUGCUUCCUUUACUGGGGACGCUGAAAAGUUUCUCCUGCGUAGGAAAGAUCACUUGCAAUUGGCUCUGGCUAAGCUCUUAGCCAGUAAGAAAGUGAAGAACAUCAAAGACUUGAUGCCCCUUUAUAAUAAAUUCUCUGGUGUUUCCAAACCUCGUUAUGUUCGUAUUAAUACUCUCAAAAUGGGCGUGGACUCUGCUAUUCUUGAGUUGAGCAAGCAAUAUGAGGUUCUAAAGGAUGAUCUGGUUCCUGGUUUGUUUAAACUACCACCGGGUACUGACUUACACAAGCAUCCUUUGGUGGUAAAUGGAAGUAUUUUUAUGCAGGGCAGAGCUAGUUCCAUGGUUGCAGCAGCACUUGACCCGAACCCAGGAUGGUGGGUUCUUGAUGCAUGCUCUGCACCUGGAAACAAGACCGUCCACUUAGCUGCCCUUAUGAAGGGAAAGGGCAAAAUUAUUGCCUGUGAACUGAAUGAGGAACGGGCCAACCGUUUAGCACACACCGUCAAACUAGCUGGCGCAACUAAUGUGGAAGUUAAACAUGGGGAUUUCUUAAACUUGAAUCCUGAAGAUCCUAGUUACUUGAAGAUUCGUGCGAUACUAUUAGAUCCCUCGUGUUCAGGAUCUGGAACGACCAUUGACAGAUUAGAUCAUCUACUUCCAUCAUAUACUGCAGAUAUGGAGGAUAAUGCCAACAGUGAUAGGCUUAGGAAGCUCGCUGCAUUUCAAAAGAAGGCUCUGGAGCAUGCAUUUUCCUUUCCUGCUGUGGAGAGAAUUGUUUACAGCACCUGCUCCAUCCACCAAAUUGAAAACGAAGAUGUUGUCAAGUCCGUCUUGCCUCUCGCUGCAUCUUCUGGUUUUCAACUUGCAACAGCUUAUCCCCAGUGGAGUCGGCGUGGUCUUCCAGUUGUUGAUGGAUGGGAACAUCUGCUGCGGACAGAUGUUGAUGAAGAUGGGGAGGGUUUUUUCAUUGCAUUGUUUGUCAGAAAAGUAGAUUACAACUCUGGAAGUUCAGAGACUGCUGAAACAGCUUCAAAAGAGCAUCAAGGGAAGAGAUCUUCGAGUGAACUUCGAGGCUCUUACUUUAACAAAACAUUCAGAAAACUGUUUUAUUCCUCACUUAAACAGAAUAGAAAGAGUUUCGAGAGACGAGAAUAGAUUCCGAAUUAUCCAUUAGAUUUGAGAUUUUGUUCUCCGGGAGUAUCCGAGAAAAAGUAGCUGAUUAUGAUGCUGCUAGGCUAUCGUCUGUUAGAAAUCCAAUCAAAACGAAAAAAGAUUCUGGGUACAGUCCUCUGAGACAUGUUGGAUACGAAUCACUUGAUGAGAUUUCCUCGCUUGUUAUUUCUUACAGUACGUUCUGCUUAAAUUCAUGACUAUCAAGCUAUGAAGUAAAUUGGAAUAUCAAAUUUCUAUUUUA